GUGCCAAGUAAAUGUACGCUGGAUGAGUAAGAGAACAAAAUGAACACAGUAAUCUGUCCUUCUAGAAGUCCAUGUGACAAUUGUGCAAUAAUGAGAUGGCCUGGGUUUCCUUCACAUCAUGUUUAACUCUGUUAAUGUCGUUGCUUUAGGUCAGAGGCCCGGCUUCAAGUACUGGUAUGACAAGGAGUGGUUGAGCAGGGGACAUAUGCAUGGCCUAGCAUUUCUAGAAGAGAACUACUCCCAUCAGAAUGCUAAGAAGAUUGUGGCCACGCACCAGCUUCUUGGCGAUGUGCAGAGAGUGAUUGAGGUUCUACACGGCCUGCAGCUCAAGAUGAGCAUCUUGCAAAGCAGGGAACACCCCGAUCUACAGCUGUGGUGCCAGCCUUGGAAACAGCACUCAGGGGAAGGGAGAACUCAUUCCAGACACAUCCAUGUCAUGGACGCCAGGAGCAAGGAGGAAGCCCCAAGCUAUAGAACUUUGAAUGGGGCUGUGGAAAAGCCCCUGCCCUUGCCCCAGUCUGUGGAGGAGUCCUAUAUCACCAGCGAGCACUGCUACCAGAAACCCCGAGCCUAUUACCCUGCUAUGGAACAGAAGCUGGUGGUGGAGACACGGGGCUCUGCUCUGGAUGAUGCAGUCAAUCCCCUCCGUGAGAAUGGUGAUGAUUCCCUCUCCCCUCGCCUGGGCUGGCCUCUAGACCAAGACAGGAGCAGAGGGGAUGGUGAACCCAAACCCAGUUCCCCAAAGGUGAGGGACUAUAUCUCCAAAAAGGUCCUGCCGGAGGAAUCCCCUACUCGGAGACUGCUUGACAGAGGCGGAGAGGGGCUGCUGAGUUCCCAGCACCAGUGGCAGUUUAACCUGCUGACACAUGUGGAGUCCCUUCAGGAUGAAGUCACACACCGGAUGGACUCCAUUGAGAAGGAGCUGGAUGUGUUGGAGAGCUGGCUGGACUACACUGGGGAACUGGAGCCCCCGGAGCCACUGGCCAGGUUGCCACAGCUCAAGCAUUGCAUCAAGCAGCUGCUGACGGACCUGGGCAAGGUGCAGCAGAUUGCCCUCUGCUGCUCAACAUGAAAUUGGGCACCUAAGACUAACGGGGGCACAAUCCUGGGGCACCUGCAGGAGGAGCUUUGCAUAUUUAAAUAAAUAAACCUAGCAUGCCGAAUGCACGUGAUACCGACUUCAGGGAUCUGGCCAGGAGUGUGGUGGAUAUUGAACAAAGAGGCCAUUUUGGCUGCUGAGAACAGGGCACACUGAUCUCUGGAAGCUGACCAAGAAGGCAACAAAUGGAGUCUCGGGAUUCCCUUCUUCUGUGCACAUCAUUGAAUGAAGAGGAUCUUUGCACAAACUUCACUUGAAAUCGUGCCACUGAUGGUAAAUGGAAUGAGAGCCAAAAAAGUUUAGUUGGAAACAGUUGUAAAUUCAAUUUCCAUUUUAUUUAAUUAACUUUCCAGUCAAGUUGGAGCACAUGCCAACCCUUCUGGUUUCUGCCUGGCCUGGUGUUUAGGCAGCAGGCAUCAUUUUCAUUUUCCAGCUUCAGAGGAAUGUUGGGACAGCUCCACAGAGCUGUGGACAUGGGGAAGGAGCAGAGGCCUCAACUGCCCUGCCUUCUUCUUAGGACUCAUCACUUUUCACAGCAUAUCUCUUGCAUGAAUUCAUGGUACCGUGGACAAGUUUUGUAUGCUUUUCACCUCAGAAUUGGCUGGGUGUAGCUUUUGUUGCAGAGCCCAUUCAGCUGGUGGAGGAGCUAGAAUCUUGCUGUAAUAAGAAUCUAGAAGGAAUUCCAAACUGAAGCAGGCAGGGUCUGGAACCCAAAGGACAGCAUUUUCUACCAAUUCUUAAUAUUGACAGCUUCCCAGUUCUAUUUAAAGCCCUCAAAAAAUGUUUUCCAAAAUUUCAAACUCUUUCACUAUAAAAAUGUUACAAAGAAUGUGGUUUAGGGAAUUAUUUUAUAUUGUUUUCAACAAACUUCAGUGCCGCUUUCCUCCUUCCCUGAAGGUUACGUUUAGUAGUUGACAUUUUCAGAAUUGCUAAUAUACUUUUAACAAUUUAAACUUCCUGUUUGUAUUACUUUGUGAGAUCAAGGUGAUUAUGCUGCUUAAGGUCCAGGUACAACCUAUUUGUACCUUCUGAGACAAUAUUUGUGUUACUUUUUAGGUUACAGUUCCACGUGUAAUUGCUAUAUUGUUUUUUUUUUUUUAAACUAGACAAAGUUAAAGAAAAUGUUCCAUGCUUUGAAGGGUGGCCCAUUUUACUAGUUUCAUUAUCACUAAAGGCAAAAACGUCAAAGCACAGUUAUCCAUUAACACAAGUUAAUUAUGGGUUUAUGAAUCUGUAAUGUUAUAUGCUGCAAAUAUUUACUAUGUAAAAGUGAAGUAGCCAGUAUCUCAAUAGCAAUGACGGUAUCUUCAGUGACCUUAGGGAUGGUUAGGCUUAAGGCACAGGUCAUUGUGGUCAUGAAUUCAGACCUCUGUACUAAGAUCCAUUUCAGGGAAUGCUUUGUCUAGUGACUUGUUAAUUUGAUACAAUGAUUUACAAAAGUAUAAAUUGACUUGGCAUAGCUUCUCCAUCAGAGCAAGUACAUGCAGCUGUAACAUCUGUAAUGAAGCCAACACAAUUCCUCUUCAGAGGCUGAUUCCCACUGUUAAUAUUGAUGUUUCUGAUGUGGGAAGAAACCUGUAAGGAAUCUGCAUGGCAUUUAUGUUCUGGUUAAUUUAUUAGACAGCUGCAUUAUAAGAAUUUCAUGAUGCUUAUCUGAAAAGAGAAGAAAAAGGAUGAUUUUCUAUAGCCAACUGUGAGGUAUUAUUGUUGUAUUAAGAUUAUUGAUUUUUCUUUUCUGAAACUACAUUUAAUAUCACAUUUGGGGAAAUGGAAAUGUUUAAGGUAGUCAGUUUCAUGUCUUGUUGAAAGAUAGAAACAGAAACUGAUCCUAAUUUUGCCAAGUGGCCAUUACUGGAUUUUUAUCCUUAAGGUUUUGCGAAGGAAAUAAUCCGGUCUUACUCAUUGUGACUUUUGUUCUUAGGGAAGCACAGAAGACUCCUCACAUUCUGAUAACCUCUGUGCUUCCCUAAUUUAAAGCCAUGUUGAGGGGCUCCAGUCCCAGUUCCUGGGUCAAGGUGAGUUAACCCCAAGUUGGAGCACUGGAAACUGUUAUUUGCAAACAAUGCUGAUAUCAUUUAGAAAUAUGUGCACUACCUAAGUUUUGUCUUUCGAGAAAAACUAUCCACCUAUAAAAAUUGUCUUGACAAAACAGUUCUGGUUUGACUAAUCAUUUUGCUUCUUUAAGUGAUGAGUGUAUUCAAGGUGGAUCCUUGAUGAGCCAACAUUGCACUGUGGAUACAAAUCUGUUUACGCGCUAUUAGAACACAGGCUAUAUAGAACAGAAGGCACUAUAUAUAGAAAUGUUGCCUUGAAGCAAUAUUUGCA